GCCUCCUUUCCGAUAGCCUAAGGCUCUAGCGGGUAUCGCGUUUUUUCAUUUGUCUUCCCGGCUUUGGCUCCGCCUCCUACAGCAAUUGGACCCUUUCCGUGCGAAGUAGCCGGUCACGUCACGACGUAGUGACUGCUCCACUGGCGGAACACGCCGCUGCGGGUUCCCCAAUGGCUGCGUCUGUGGAUUUUAAAACUUAUGUAGAUCAGGCAUGUAGAGCCGCCGAGGAAUUUGUCAAUAUUUACUAUGAGACAAUGGAUAAAAGAAGACGAGCACUAACCAGGCUGUAUCUGGAGAAGGCCACCUUAAUAUGGAAUGGAAAUGUUGUUACAGGGCUGGAUGCCCUGACUAAUUUUUUUGAGAUGUUGCCUUCCAGUGAGUUCCAGGUCAAUAUGUUAGAUUGCCAACCAGUUCACGAGCAAGCUACCCAGUCCCAGACUACAGUUCUUGUUGUGACCAGUGGAAUAGUGAAAUUUGAUGGAAACAAACAACACUACUUCAACCAGAACUUCCUGCUGACUGCUCAGUCCAGUCCUACCAACACUGUGUGGAAGAUUGCAAGUGAUUGCUUCCGUUUUCAAGAUUGGGCUAGUAGUUAAGGGAGGGAGUCCAUUCUCCUUUCAUCCAUUAGUUCCAGCAACACAAAUUUAUGUGAAAUUCAUUCAUUUUAUUGUAGAAGCAUUCUAAACUAGUAUGUGAUAAGAUAAAAUUAAUUUCUUUAAUUUUUUUAUUCCUGGCAGCACCUUUUCUAGCAGCUGCCAAUUUGAAUCAUUGCCCUUAAGAGCUUUAAUGCUAGGUUUUUACAUGCCUUAUCUACAUUCUAGUAAUGGCAUUCUUAAAGUAAUAUCAAAUACAUGAUUUUGGUACUAACAUUCUCACUGUGAAACCAGCCUAUAACAAAAAUAAAAUCCUUUUAUGAUGCUGUCUAUGAGAUAUUAGCACAACAUAGUUGUGAGAGGAAGUGGAGCUUUUUUGGUUAUCAGGUUAAUUGUAUAGUUUUGAAAACACUUGUCUGUUUUCAGUUAACACUGGUAAUGCAGUUUUAAUAUAUGGCUUUUUCAAAUCAAUGCAAACAGUACAAAUUUAGAUUUAUGCAACUACUCUGACAUAUUGGACUUACAUAUAGAGAUAUCUAGUAGUCUUUUGUCAUAUUAAAUUUCUCAUGUUGGCAUGUUUUCUUAUGACAUAAAUUAAAUCAAGUACAACUGUAAAAUAUUCUCAGUUGAUACCUGAAUAUUGGGUACAUUUGGUGGCUUAAAAGCAAAUCUUUGUCAAAAGAUUUUUCUUGGCAGCUCUAUGUCUAUAACUGUAGGUGAUGAAUGAUUGUAGAACUAAUAGCUUUAAUGGGAGAAUUGGAAAUAAGACAUACAGAAAUCGAAGGUUGAGGCCAGAUGGUAAAUUCUGGGUACAUACUUUCUACCUCCUAAAAAUGUAGCUUAUUUUCAGGAUUUAAACCACUUAAGUUAAUAGGUAUCCUUGUCAAAUGAUCAUGAGUGUCACUUUUGUUCUAAGAAUUAUUUUUUUAAGAUCUUUCCACUUGACCUCAUGCUUGUCACCAAUGUUUGUCUCAUUUAUUCAAGAACUUAUGGGGGUAAAAUGUCAGCAUAAACCUAACCUUGUAACAGGGUCUAACACAGAAGUUGGAAACAAAGCCAUUGCUCUCUCUUUGUGACACCCUUAACUUCUAAGUCUUCCAUGUGAAUUUUUAGGCCUAAAGUCUUCCUAUGUUUCACACCCUGCCCCCCGCCAAGUAAGUGUUUUUUCCCCCUUGUUUUCUAUUGUCAACUUCAGUAUGUUUUCCUUAAUUUUUUAGAUUAAUUACUUAAUUUUAUGAUUUGUUCUUCCAUAAGGCAUUGAGCAAGUAGAUCUGUUUUAAAACAUCAACAUCUUCUACUAUGUGGCUAAGUCACUGUCUUUUUAAAGAGAAAAUGGAGAAACAGCACAUCUUCAUGAUAAACUUAACAAAUUGGUUAAUUUUAUGUCUCAACUUCUAAAGAGAAGAAAACAAGCUUUACUUUCUGUUUAAACUUUUAAUAUCUUUUCCAUUUUUUAAAGUUCUUAAGCUAGAUAAGCCAGUUUUAUUUUUACAUUGCAACCAAAAUCAAUGUUUAUUACCACUUAAUUUUAAAACCAAUAAUUAAUUGUGUUGCCCCAAACUAUAUACUAUAUUUUUAUAUAGUAACACAAUAGAAUUAGAAUAAGAUAAAGGGGUAGAACUGAUGAAAUUUAAACUACACUUUCUUGUAGCACUGAUCAAAAUUUACAUAUUAUAUUCAACUAAAAGUGAGCUUUUUAUUUAGGAUUGGUUUUCUAAAAU